UCAUAGAAUGAGAUGUCCAUGGAAAUGGGGAAUGGGACAACCGUCCAGGAAUUCACCUUGGAGGGGUUUCCUGCCAUCCAACAAUUUGGAAAGGUCCUCUUCCUGGUGCACCUGUUGGCAUACCUGGCGUCCAUUGCAGGUAAUGCGGUCAUAGUCACCAUUACCUGUGCUGACUCCAGGCUCCACACACCUAUGUACUUGUUCCUCAGCACCUUCUCCUUCUUGGAGUGUGGUGUCAUAAGUGCUGUUAUUCCCAAGUUACUGGUCAUCUUCCUUUCAGGUAGGCAAGCCAUUUCCUUUCCUGCCUGUUUCAUACAAGCCUUUAUUACUGUAUUUCUGGGAGCAACAGGUUUCCUCCUCAUAACAGUGAUGUCUCUGGAUCGGUAUGUGGCCAUUUGCAAGCCUCUGCAUUAUCCGACCAUCAUGAACCUGAAGACUUGCUUCCUCCUGGUCACUGCUUGCUUUUCUUUGGCCUUCCCUUUCAUCACUGGUCUUGUAGUGAAGGUUUCCCAGUUAUCCUUCUGUGGCCCCCAUGUUAUCCCCCACUUUUUCUGUGAUCUUGGCCCCCUGAUUCAUCUCUCCUGUUCUGACACCAGCUCUACUGAAAUGUUGGCCUUUGUUCUCACUUCCUUUAUCUUGUUGACAUCCUUUAUCAUAACCAUCAUUGCAUACAGCAACAUAGUCAUCAUGAUCCUGCGACUCCCGUCAGUCAAGGAGAAACAGAAAGCUUUCUCCACCUGCUCCUCUCACCUCGUAGUCCUCUUUCUGAUGUAUGGCAGCUGUGUGUUCAUAUACGUGAAACCAAAGCAAACGAACAGGCUGGACUCCAACAGGGAGGCUGCCCUUGUGAACACGGUGGUGACCCCACUGCUCAAUCCUGUCAUCUACACUCUGCGGAACAAGCAGGUCCACCGGGCUCUGAGGGGCAUGAUGUGGAGAAUGAAAAUACCAAGAUAG